GGCUUUUUAAGGCCGGUAUUUAGGUUGCCAUUAGUAACGGAGAUCUCGCGAUAGUUUGAGAAGCGGAAAUCCCGAUCGACGCCCGCGCCAGUAACCAAUAUGGCGGCCUUCGUGAGGAGAGCGCGAGCCCCCUUCUUGCUGCUCAGGCCGGCCCUGGGCAGCGCGGCCGGACGGCGAGGGGUCCGCGCGCUGAAGAGGAGCCCCGUCCGCGUGCUGCCCUCCGUCGCGCAGGCGCGGGAGGAGCAGCGACGGGUCGUCCCCGGCCCUCCUCAGCACAAGGCCGGACCUUCGAAGAAGCCUCGAGACCAGGCCGGCUCGGAGAGCAAGGCCCCAAAGGCAGCGGCCGAGAAGGUGCCGGAACGCAAAGAAGCGGAACUAUGCUUCCAGAAGGCGCAGUCCGGAGACAAGAGACUUAGCAAAGCGGUGACGCUUGCCAAGUCUAGGUCGUUUCGCGAGAAACACGGGAAGAUCCUGCUGGAGGGCAGGCGACUAAUAACUGACGCGCUGGCAGCUGGUGCCGUUCCCCAGACGCUCUUCUUCAGCACCAUAGAGCAACUGAAGGAGCUGCCGGUGGACAAGCUGAAAGGCGCCAGCCUCGUCAAGGUGAAGUUUGAAGACCUCAAGACCUGGUCUGAUGUCAUCACAUCUCAGGGUGUGAUUGGAAUCUUCUCCAGACCAGACCAUGCAAACACGGUAUACCCGGAAGUCCAGCAAGAACAUGGGCUGCCCCUCUCUCUCAUCUGUGACAACAUCCGUGACCCAGGGAACAUGGGCACCCUCCUGAGAUCAGCAGCUGGAGCAGGCUGCAGCAGGGUGCUGCUUCUUAAAGGCUGCGUCGACGCCUGGGAGCCCAAAGUCCUCCGGGCAGGGAUGGGAGCCCACUUCCACCUGGCCAUCCUUUCCGACCUGGAGUGGGGGGUCCUGCCAAGCUACCUCCUCCCCGACAGCUGUGUGCACGUGGCCGACUGCUCCCAGGCACAGGCCACACCAGCAGUGGCAGAGAAUGCCAAGAGCCAUGGCUGGGUCUCCCGGCCCUACAACCUGAAGGCAAAAGCGGCUGUGCAGGACUGGGACCCUGAUUUGGACGGCAGCGGAGAUGAGGGGCAAGAACCGGGCCAGCUGGAAGUCCAGCCUUACUCCGAGCCCUGGAUGGAGGGUCCCGCGACGGCGGUGGUGAUCGGUGGGGAGACCCACGGCGUGAGCAUGGAAGCCAGGCAGCUGGCCCAGAGCACCGGGGGGAAGCGGCUAGUCAUCCCGGUGGCCCCUGGCGUGGACAGCUUGAACUGUGCCAUGGCGGCCAGCAUCCUCCUCUUCGAGGGAAAGAGGCAGAUGAACCUGUCAGAGGCAGGGGGAAACUGUUGAGGAAUAGAUGCCCGAGUCUUGCCCUUUUGGUUUUGGCCCCUGCGUCUUGGAGAGUCCCUUCAGGACCACUCCAGCUUCUCUCUGACUCGGUGGCACCACACUCUCGCAGUGCAGCCCUGUUGCCGAAGAGAACUGAAGUGAACAGGAAGGGAGGGGGCAUGUGUCUGUUAAGAGACUGUAGUUUACAAAAGGCUGUUUGCCAAGAAUGGCUCUCUGGGGGAGGCAAGUGUGAUUGCAAGAAAGCUCCACGCAGAAGCGUUCAACCCCAUUUUUACACUUUUUCUGCUUCAGUUGGUUGUUUUCCCACAUUGCAUCACUGUGGGGCUUAUGGGGGCAUAUGUCCGUGGAGUUGCCUGCACAUUUGAAUUCCUUCCAUCCCUGGGUGGGAAACAUAGCUGCCAAGUUAUCCCUUUUUUAAAGGGAUUUUCCCUUAUGCUGAAUAGGCUUCCUCAUGAGAAAAGGGAAAACUUGGCAGCUAUGGUGGGGAAACAAACAAACACAAAAAACACAGGUCCCUGCAUCUAGAAAACCAGCACUUCAGGGGGAAAUGUUCUGAUCUUUCAUUGAGGUUCUAGCUAACUCCAUGCAGAGAUACUUCGAUUGGGGGGGGGACCUACAUUCCAGAAUAGGACCCUGGCCCAUCGCGCACACCUGGCUGGCUAAAGUGGCACAAGAUCUUGUAUGCAUUUUGAAUUCUGAAACUCAGAGCUAACAAAGAAAGCUUUGCCUUGGCCCCAAGGCCCCUCACCCUGUGAAGCUGGCACAAAAUCAAUGUAGCCAAGCGCCCCAGGGCUGUGGCAUCUGCCAGCAUGUACUUUUUAAAAAGCCAGCUUCAUCCCCCCCCCCCAAUCUUAUUUUCCUCCUCCCUUUUCUGGCAGCGAAGGUGCAUUGCUGGGUGUGUGACUCAGCCUCUGGCACAGCCUCUAGGGUGACCUCACCGGGUCCUCUUUGAUCCCUUGCCAAGGGCACAGUGCGGCUUGCCACCUCUGUCAGGCGACCGCAAGCUGCCACAGGCUCCCAUGCUGUAGUCCCUCCUCACACUGCAAUGUGUUUGUUCAGGCCUCUUUCCGGUUGGUGUCUCUUUCUUCUGCUGAGGCCUGUAAACUCUUUCUUCUAG